AUCUUCUUCCUCCCGACUCCCCUGCAACCCGACAAGCCCCCCCUCAGCUGCUGACCGCCCUCUCUUGAGGAAAAUUGGCAAGAGCUUAAAUUUUUCCCUUGCUUUCUUGUCCAAGAACAAGAAUUAGGACCUAGAAGCCUCCUGAAGUAAGAAAAAUCCCAAAUCUAGCUGCCUUCCUCCUCCCCUGUCGUCGAUUUCAGCUUGGUGUGGAUGUGAAUUUCUCAGUUUUUGGUUGCCGUGAGUUCCUCCAUUUCUUUUUCCCAUCGGCUUCCUUCCCAGCCAGACCCGAUACUACUUGCCGGAAGAUUUUGGGUUCUUGAGUGUUCUGUCACCCGAGCACUUAGCUUGAGUUUCCGGCAUUACGGAUUCGAGGUAAGUAAAUUAUGGUAAUGCCCUUUGAUUUCAAAGCAUGUUUUUAAUUGUUUUUGAGAUGGUAGCAAGAUUUAAAUUGAUUUUAUUAGCACCGAGCAUGAUUGGUUUGAAAUGAAAUUGUUUUCAUUUGCAUUGAGUAGAGUAUGCCUACUUGGAAUUGACUGAACUGCCUUGAUGAAUUGAGAAUUUUGUAAAUUCCAAGUUUUUCUGUUAAAUCCAUGUUCACAUGGAAAUUUUUCGGUUUAUUUCUGAAAUUUUAGAUUGAUUGUGAAUUACAGAUUUUUUUGUAAAUCUUGCAUGGUUUUGUCUCUGAUAUGAUCAUGAUUACUGAUGCCCGCCAGUGGAAGUUUGCAAACGCUGGCACAUGUCGACAUGUUUACUGAUAUAACCGGUUCAUUCUGUAAUCCUACCAAUGGGAUAAUACAUUGGUGAUUACUGACGCCUGCCAAUGGGCAAAUACAGUGGUAAUUACUGACGCUUGCAAGUGGGAGUUUGUUAAACACUGGUUAUUACUGAUGUCUGCCAGUGGGAGUUGUUAAACACUAGUUAUUAUUGACACCUGCCAAUGGGAGUUUGUUAAACACUGGCCAUGACUUAUAGAUGAGACUACUAUUGAAUUUUAUUCUGCAUUAAUGGUUUAUCAUUGAACGCUUUGUUAUUGAUUUAUAGAUGAGAAUAUUACUAAAUUUUCUUUUGCAUUAAUGGUUUGUCAUUGAACGCUUUGUUAUUGAACUGAAUCUGAUUUUGUAUUAACGGUUUCUCAUUGAACAUUUUGUUAUGUUAAACUGUUUAUCAAGCAUGCUAAAAAGUUUUACUCAAGGGCUAUCCAUAUUUAUUUACUGAGUUAUCUCAUAGUUUUUCCUUGUCCACCAUUUUAGGAAGCGAAGUCAAGGACGGGAAAAAACGAAGGGAGUGACGAGUUAGAAGGCUAGCCAUCUUGUAAAUUGAACAUGAAUUUUAGAUAUAAAUCAUGAUAUUGUAAGCUAGACUUUAUUUGGACAUUUUAUGAUAGCAGGGUAAAUUUUAAAAUUUUAUCUUCAGAUUUUGUGGUAUCAGAUUGUGAUAUGAUAAGUUCCGAGCCUUGAGCAUUUGUGGGACCCUUUCACAAGUGUAAUACAUCUACCACAUCCUCGGAUUUGGGUUUUGGGGCGUGAUAUGCCAAUAGUUGGCGGUAUUGAUCCAAUAAAACUGUUAUUGUAGA